AUGGGCUGGUAUUUGGUAAAUGUCUAUAGUGGGCUGGUAUUUGGGGUUGUGAACAAUAUUACUAUCUUCUUCCCUGGCUUAAUAGAUGGUUCAUUGGGUGAUAUGUUGUAUUUCCACUCUUUCAAAAAGGAGCCCGGUCUAGUCAUCGACAUUGUGCAAGUUGAAGAUCUUCACUGUCAUCUUAUGCUAAUUUGUAACAAUGUAGAAUAAUGGACACAAUUAAGAUAAACAGAUAUUAGGGCCAUGAAUUGUGAGGCGGUCCAUGCUGGUCUCAGGAAGACUGGAAUGGUAAUUCUUGGAGAGGGGCUGCCCAAGCAUCAUAUAUGCAAUGCAAAUAUGAUGCGUAAUGGUGCGGAUUAUGCUAUAUUUAUCGACACACCACAAGAGCCUGAUGGAAGUGAUUCAGUUGCCCACCCUGACAAAGCUGUGUCUUGGGGUAAAAUUCGAGGUUUUGCUAAUUCAGUGAAGGUGCACUGUGAUGCAACUAUUGCUUUCCCCCUCCUGGUAGCAGAAACAUUUGCUGCCAAGGCAAAAGGAUCAGACGAAACCACUUCUUGGGUUUAA